GAGAAUAUACGCAUCGAAAGUCACGUCGUAAAGUCGUAAAAAAAAAAAAAACAAAAAAAUGUGUCGUAGUGGCGGCAUGCCGCUAGAUUCGACCAGAGCGUAUGCCGUUUUGUGCGGUAUGAUUUUCUUACGUUGAUUAAAGAAAUGCCGUACUUCCGUCGUACGGACAUAAUUGUCAAAAUAUUUUUAUAGUGUUGACCGCCUCCCGUCGUAAAUAAUAAUUCAAGUUUAUAUUGAGAUAAAAUAUAUGUUUAAUAAGAAAAAAGAAUCGAAAGAACGAAUGAAGGUCUCUGUCAAAAUAGAAACGAAAGACGAAGAUGUCAACCCCAUGAGAAAAUCUGUGGCACAGUCGUCGUCUUUUGGUAUUGGUCGCGACAUGGCGGGUUUUCGGGAUGAAGACAAGUCUCUUUUUCCUGUACAAAGUAUAUCCUCGAUUGUACAGAUAUUUCAAAAUCAAUUGGAAAACAGCAGUGAACCUGAUCUGGCACUUCUUUCCAUACUCGUUGGUGCCGUUGAAAAUUCUUUAACCUGUAACCGUACUUUCGCGUCACAAGAAAGUACUGUUUACGACGAGCCUAAACUUCCAGCGGUUGAAUAUCAUAUUGCUGAAGCGCUUUACGAUAAAUUUCACGCUGUUGUGAAAGGUGCCGUUGAUCUUACCGUUUACGACAGUAAAUACGCUACAAGAGAUCUUGUUAAAAAAGUUUCCGACGUUAUCUGGAAUUCACUCACGAGGAGUUACUACAAAGAUCGCGCACACUUGCAGAGUCUUUACAGCUAUUUAACUGCAAACAAACUCGAUUGUUUUGGAGUUGCUUUUGCCGUUGUUGCCGGCUGUCAAGUUUUGGGCUUCAAGGAUGUUCAUUUGGCCAUGUCCGAGGAUCAUGCCUGGGUCGUUUACGGCGAGGAUGGUACUGAAACUGUUGAAGUCACUUGGCACGGCAAGGGUAACGAAGAUAAGAGAGGACAGCCGGUCGAAGCAGGAGUGGCUUCUCGUUCGUGGCUUUAUGUGAAUGGUCAAGCUGUUGUGUGUACAAGAGCGAUGGAAGUAGCGACGAUAGUAUCAGCCAUAAAUCCUAGUCUCAGUGCAACAGCGGAUGCUGCAGAAGUUGCGCUGCUACAACAAGAACUUUUGUGGCUUUUGUACGAUCUUGGACAUUUGGCGAAAUAUCCCAUGGCAUUGGGUAAUCUGGGAGAUUUAGAGGAAGCUGCACCCACUCCUGGAAGACCACCAGCUAUCGAUUUAUUCCAGGAAGCAAUACGUUCGGCGAGGAAAUAUUAUGGAAAUGCUCAUGUAUAUCCGUAUACAUAUCAAGGAGGCUACUUAUACAGACACGGUUUACACGCGAAUGCUCUUUCAUCUUGGGCUGACGCGGCUGAUGUUUUACGAAAAUACGACUAUUCGCGAGACGAUGGAGAAAUAUACAAGGAAUUAUUGGAGAUAGCGAACGAACUAAUACCGCAUACAGUGAGGGCGGAUGAAAGAUUAUUAAGACAGCCACGUUGCUUCGCGUAUUUGCUGCGAUUUUACGAUGGCAUAUGCCAAUGGGAGGAAGGAGCUAAUACUCCGGUCCUUCAUAUAGGCUGGGCAAGACCGCUUGUAAACACGAUAUCAAAAUUUGACGCUAGCAUUCGUGCUCAAGUUGUCAUCGAAUGUUACGAUGUCGACGCUAAAUCGGAGGAUGAAAAGCCUCACAGUCAUAAGCGUGACACGUGUACCGACGAAUCUUUGAAUAACAAUAACAACAACAACAACAAUUAUUGUGAGACUAAAGAGCGCGGGAGUACAGCAAGAGAUUUGAUCAAAAGUCUUGAAUCUAAAGUCACCGGUAAUCCAGCUCCGAUGCAUCCGGGUAUUCAAGCGCUUACCGCUGCAUGCAGUGAAAAAAUUCUCAACAGGGAUUAUCUAUUACAAGGAGAUGGCGAGCCAUUCGUCGCGCCACCGGAAAAUUCGCUGCCACCUGCGCCGUCAACUUCCCAGGAAAAUCACCUUGAUCAGGAAGUUGAGCUCGACGAGGAAGAUGAGAAACCAAAAAUCAUUCUCUACAGUCAAAAAAUGAAGGGUCUCAAGGAUUUACUACUGGCGGAGAAACUCAACACUCACGCUAUUUCACUUCAACUUACGGCACAGAGUCAGGUACAAAUUGGUAAAAAACUCCGAGGCAGCGAAGACGUCGGGGUGAGUCAACGUCCUAAAAGGACACGUCGCGAUUAGUCUGGAAUAGAAUAAGCUCUUCGAUUAUUGUUCUGGCCCUCGUGAGGCACUGAACGAAAAUUGCGUUUUCCUCUUUUCGCAUUAUGUGUCUCCCGGUAAGAAUGUUAUUCUCUAUUCCGGUAUUCGGGAACGAACAACCCUCGUUCACGGCCAUCGCCGUUGAAAUUAUUUUAUAUUACUCAUCGAAUCUCUGGGAGUUCUUGCAGUUAUUUCUCUCUCACCUCUUUUUUUUUUUUUUUAUCGAGAUAUUCAGUCAAAAUAUACUUGAUGCCUGAUUUUCAAAGUAGUGAAUAGUUGACCGCAUUAUACACAUUUACCCGAACGUGGUAUCUUAUCUCAUGGUGCUAGUCGUUUAGCAUGCAAAAGAAAGACAAAAAAUCUCAUAAUUGUGCUAACCGACCUGUACAAUUAUUUAUAAACGAUACGAAUUGCAUCUGAAACUUACGCAGCCAGUACGGAAACAAAAAAGCAAAAAAAAACAGCAUGUUUUACGAUAUAAGUUUACGAUACACAUCGCCGUUAAGUGUAACUAGGGUAGAGUGUAGGCAUAUGAGAAAAAUGUGCGUAGAAAAGUACAAAAACGUUUUAUCUUCAUAUAAGUUAAAGAAAAUAUUUGGAACUGUCUCGGUGCUCGUGUCUCGUCUAACAUACUACGUAGUCCUCGUCAAAGCCACUAAUGGCAGCCAUGUUCAUGAAAUUAGGCAAUUCUUUGCCCUCUUUCCUUUUUUUUGGUCAAUUCUCAUUUAUCACAGAAGUACGGAAGAUCCGAGUGUUGUGUGACUUUAAAGUUUAUACGAGACCGUUGGGCAUCGUGGUUAUUUAUAUUAGCGAUAAUGAAAAUGAAGAAAGGAAAAACAAAAUUGCAAAAAAGCAAAUACGAUCGCGAUCUUCAUCCAUGAAUAUCCAUCGAUUAUAGAUGUUAAAACUCCUGUAUGUCUAAGCUCCUGUUGCACCGUUUGCUUAUUUAUUGAUUCAAAGUUGUUUCAUAUAAUCUAUUGCACUAUAAAUUACGACUAAUGAGAGUGGUCGUUAUCACUGUUUUUCACGCAGUAGUUAAAGAUUCAUUUUCUCGUGUAUGUUUUCUCUUCUCUGUUGGAAUGACGAGCUUCAUUCGGUCUAAUAUCGUGGUAAACCACGACAUUCCACUAUGUAAGUGGUGAAAAUGAACUUUUAAUCAUUUUACCAGAGGGUAUAUUAUCGGCAUGUAAUGCUCGCUUAUUUUUAUAAUUAUUUAUUUUAAAAUUUAACCUAUAAGCUAACUAUUUAUCAAGCUUUUUUUUUUUUUUUUUUUUUUAAAUAAUUUUCCACGCGUGGAUGAAAGAUGAAACAGUGCGGCGAUAUUGUUCGCAUAUGGUGUGGUAAUCUCACUCGUCUCAUAAUCUCUUGCUAUUGCCGAUUAUACAAUAAUUAUCAGCUUAUGAUUUUUUACGCCAUUAUUUUGCAACUCUCACAUUUUUAUAGACCACUCGUCCAAUUUGAUUUCUUUGCACUCUGUACAUGAUACUUUUUUUCGUAUCCGCAAAUAUGUCGAUAUUGCUGUCCUGAUUAUGAUGAUGCGUAUGAAAUUGUCCCGGACAGGGUUUUUUAAGUUCGUUUACUUGAUUUUUCAAGAGAAUUCACAAUGUUUGAAACGGGUUGUUGUAGGUAUAGAUUGUUAAACCGGUAUGAAUAUAAAAAGAUGAAGAAUACUGAUGAAAAUGAUCCAAGGAAGAUCAACGAUCACGUAAUAAUGAAGGGCGCUAUCUUACUGUGAUGCUGAAUUAUAUACUGUACGAUAUAUAAUACUAUUAAAAAAAAAAAAAAUGAAAAGGAAUAAUAAUCAUUGGUGACACGAGUAAACGAAUCGUGGCGAAGAGCAAACUCGUCCAUUUGCUUCUCAUCACGUGUUUACGGAUUGAUCGAUGAGUGACUAUAUACUUGCAGUGUUAUACCGAUUAAAUGGAUGUGAAAAGGGCGACUGCUUUGAAAAAUUAUAAUCGUGAUGCCGAUACGAGAGAAUGCUUGCCACUAAACAACAUUGCAUUCUUCUCUCGCUUCACGAAAUAUUAAUGGAGAGUGACGAUUGUUUUUAAAUCAUCGUUGAUACGUUAUUACACAUAAACUCUCUCUCUCUCUCUCUCUCUCUUACGCCGAGUGAUCCAUCACUUCGUUUAAUUUGUAAUGAUUUUCGAUUCAAGACCACAUGCCUAUUCUUUGAGAUUUUUCCAAACACGUGAAGGGAUAUUUAUCUUUGUAUCUUCCAUGCCAAUUGAAUUUUAACGAGUGUAUGACGGAUUGACAGGUUUUUCAAGGAAAUUAUGUGCUACGGUGCACAUAACGUGGCAGUCUUUGUGCUCGAAUCGAAUUUCAGCGAUGUUUGAUACACUAAAUUUGUAAUGAUUGCGAGCGAACGAAUGAUUGGAUCACUCGAUGAGUACAGCCAACAAUUAGAACGAAAUGCAAAAAUCGCCAUUCCCAGUAUUUUAAGCAGUUUGGCUUAUAUUCAAAUAUCUCAACGAAUCAUUGCUUCAUAAUUACGUUUAUAAUUAUUUAUGUGAUUGCUUUCAGACUUUUUAUUUUUUGUAAAAGUAGCUUCUCUUAAACGCGAAACUUUCGUUAUCAUCACACUUUUUACUUACAGAAGUUCCGUAAUGAGUAUCCGUAGGAAAAAAACGUUUAACAAACAUCCUAGAUACGAACGAAGAAUUCAUUCAACUUUUAUUUUCAUUAUCGACGAUGCAUUAUAGGGUUCGAUUCAGUCGAAUCGCGUAGGAGAUUCCAACGAUGUGCAUAAUAAUACCUAGUGGUAUAAAAAAAAUAUAUUAAAAAAAAAAAAAACAGUAUUUUUAUAUUAGUGAAAAAACGAAGAGAAAGAAAGAAAAUUUGAUCGGUGAUUCAAUUAUGCCAGUAGUGGUUCACGAUGGCGUUAAAAUAAAAGAGAAAAACUGAAACACAAGGUGAAAGCUCCUCAACGGGCGCGUGAUAAUUGAGUUGUACGUUUUUGCAUUUCUCACACGUUUACGACACAGAAGCAAUUACAUUUGUUGACAAGGUAAUACUCGAGGGUAUUAUGAAACAUGUGGCAGGAUUUAAGGUGGCGUAAUUUAUCACAGAUGAUUUUUCAUGCACGUAACGAAGGAGCACCAACGAUGUAAUAAUUCAGAAAUGUGUCGAGUAAAAACAGAGGAAAAAUUGACACCAUUUUUGAAGAUGUCGAGAGAGCUGGAAGGACAGUGAUUUAAAAUUCAUUGAAAUCUUUUCCAAAUUGUAUUCAUUUUUGCUACGUUUUUCUCUUUUUUCCACUUUCCUCUCAUAAUCAUGGUCAGCCUAACUAUUUCGAGAUAAAAAAACGUUCCGAAUUCUGAUUCGUAUACGCAUGCAUGUAAAAACAUUUAAAAGAAGGCAAUUGAAUGUGUCUUCAAUUACUUGGACAUCGAUGUAACAAAAAAUUAUAGUUGUCCAUCAAAUAGGUUUACCCUGUGCGCUAAUUUCAAUAAGAUUUGAAAAAUUAUUUCGAAAGAAAAAGAAAGUUCAUUCCGUGAUAUAUAUAUUUUUUUUUCCAGUGAAUUUUUUCACGUAAAUCUCCGACAUUUCGUUCGAGCACGUUUUUGUCCAUUCAUACUUAUCCUCAUAUCGCCAAAUCUUCAGCCCGUAUCGAAAGAUAUUUGUGUGCCAUAAAAAAGUCGCUAUUCCUCAGAUUGUGGUAGAGCGAUUGACGUAAUAUGUUUUUUAACAAUCUCGUGGGUAAAUAAGUAGAUUUCCUCCUAUCUAAAAUACGUCUGACGCGCUCAAAUGUGCGGUACCUCAACGUACAGAGCGAAUACUUGCUUCCCGCAAAUAAUAAAAAUAAAUAACUAUUGUUCUUAGCGCACAAGAUUACCUGAUUGGGUAUAGCAGCUAGUUGGUCUGUCGUGGACCACUCUUUAUGAAUUAUACGAGUAAAUACAACAAUUAAGGAAAAAAGAAAAAAGAAAAAUAUCAUUGCGAGUGAAAGGUAAAAAUAAGAUGGAUGCUAAUAAAUGACGAAGUUUAAAGACUGGGACAAAUGAUUGAAUUCAUAUAAGAAUGAAAAAAACGGAAGACUAAACCAAUAAAAAAAUUAUCGAUAUCGAUACAUAUGCAUAAAAAAUAUUUAUAUAUUGUAUAAUGGAACGUACACCAGACUCGUUGGAUCUCGUCGUUAAAUUCAGUUGUGUCCCCAGUCGUUUAACUUCCAUUGAAACAAACUGUACGAGCAUGUUAAUCGAAAGAUAUAUAUAUAAAAAAAGCAGUAUCAACAAAAAAUAAUGAAGAAAAAGAAAGAAAUCUUUUUACAACCACGUGGGGCAUAUAACUAGAGACAUAAGACGCUGAUAUGAACAUAAGGCAAAAAAUUCCCUGUACCCUAAUAUCCGUUGAGAAAACUUUAUGUACUUAAAAAAGAAAAAAAAGAAACGAAAUAAAAAUAAUGGUAAUACAAGUAAACAGAAGCUUCCUCGAAAGCGCAGCAUCCGUGAUAUGUUAUAACGACACAGAUACGUUAACAUAUAUUAACUACAAUCUAUUCGUAACUGUAAGGGGAAUAUUGGAUAUGUCUGUCCUUCCUACGCGUGUAAUCACUCGAAUCGUCAGAUCAUAAACCAGAGAGCAUUUUGACAAGAAUGAAAGAAAAAAAUAAACAAUAAUAAAAAUGUACACAAAUAGACGUUGUCGUCUACGUUUUGAAAUGUAUUUAACGUCUCUGUAGAACUCGGACCAUGUUCUCCAUUCGACUUAUACGCCCAAUGUUCUACUUUCGACAUUCAUAUGGUAACCUCAACAGUUUUCGAGUAGAAUGUAGUAUUGCAGUUAUUGUUAACCGGACAGUACAGUGAGUUGUAAAAGGCAUUAAUAAAAAAAUGUCUUUUUUCUGUGGAUUACAAUAAACUAUUUUAUUCUAA